AUGACAUCACAUUGCCUCCACCUCCCUCCCUGAUAGAAGAGAGAAAGAAGAAGAAGAUUCUAGAAGUCACCAGAGAGAUCACUGAGCUGCUGACAGGAGAGAGGUGAGCGGUGCGGGAAUUCUGGGACAUUCUCCAGUAAGGAGGAGUGGGGGAGUAUUUAGAAGGACACAAGGAUCUCUACAAGGACGUCAUGAUGGACAAUCAGCCGCCCCUCACAUCACCGGAUGGAUCCAGUCAUGGGAACCCACCAGAGAGAUGUCCCCGUCCUCUGUAUUCCCCGGGAUUCCACACAGGAAGGUCACACCAUCCCUCACCAUCAUCAGAGUGGAAUCCUCGGGGAUGAUAAUAUUGAUGUUAAAGAAGAGUAUAAAGAGGAGGAUGAGGAGUAUGGAGUGAUGGAGGAGUUUUCAGAAGGACACAAGGAUAUGAUGGAGCCACCUAAUACCAGGAACCCCCCAGAGAGAUGUCCCCGUCCUCUGUAUUCCCAGGAUUUCACACAGGAAGGUCACACCAUCCCUCAUCAUUACAAGGGUGAAGAUCUGAUAGAUAUAAAAGUUGAGGUUAAAUCAGAAGAAGAAGAGGCGUAUGUGAGGGAUGAUCAGCAGUCUAUGGAGGAGGAUGGAAUAACGGGGACAUUUAUAGAGGAGGACACUCCUACAGAGAUCAGCACAGAUCUCACACAGGAGAGAAGCCGUAUUCCUGUCCUGAGUGCGGGAAAUGUUUUUCACAGAAGUCUAAUCUUUCCAUACAUCAGAAAUCUCACACGGGGGAGAAGCCGUAUCCCUGUCCUGAGUGCGGGAAAUAUUUUCUACUAAAAUCACAACUUGUUACACAUCAGAGAUUGCACAUGAGUGAGACACAAUAUUCCUGUCCUGAGUGCGGGAAAUGUUUUUCAGACAAGUCCAGUUUUUACACACCAUUUACAAUCAGAGAUCUCACACGGGGAAGAAGCAGCAUUCCUGUCCUGAGUGCGGGAAAAUAUUUUCACAAAAGUCAAAUCUUCACAGACAUCAGAGAUCUCACACACAGGGGAGAAGCUGUAUCCUGUCCUGAGUGCAGUAAAUAUUUUUUCAAGCAAAUCCCAUCUUUACAGACAUCAAAGAUCGCACACAGGAGAGAAGUCAUAUUCCUGUCCAGCGUGCGGGAAAUUUUUUUCACAAAAGUCCGGUCUUUAUCGACAUCAGAAGGUUGCACACUGGGGAGAAGCCUUUAUUCCUGUCCUGAGUGCGGGAAAUGUUUUUCACAGAUGUCCAGUCUUUACAGACAUCAGAGAUUGCACGCGGAGGAGAAGCCACUUUCCUGUCCUGAGUGA